AUGAAUGAAGUGUCUGACAGUAACAUUUAUGGAUCGGUUUUAUUGAGUCUGUUAACGUCCAUUACCACCGGCAUCACCAAUACCACCCACCACCCGCCACUACCACCCACACCGCCACUACCACCCACACCGUCACUAAAAAACCAAACACUGUCAUUUCACACCGCCACUACCACCCACACCGCCACUACCACCCACACCGCCGACUACUACCAAACAUUUGUCACACUUCACACGGCCACUUCCACCCACACCGCCACGACCAUCCACAUCGCCACUUCCACCCAUACCGCCACUACCACCAAACACUGUUACUUCACACGGCCACUACCACCCACCACCGCCACUACCACCAAACACUGUCACUUCACACGGCCACUACCACCCACAACGCCACUACCACCCACACCGCCACUACCACCAACACCGCCACUACCACCAAACACUGUCACUUCACACGGCCACUACCACCCACACCGCCACUACCACAGACACUGUCACUACACACGGCCACUACCACCCACACCGCCACUACCACCAAAACACUGUCACUACACACCGCCAUAUACCACCAAACACUGUCACACACCGGCACUACCACCCACACCCGCCACUACCACAACCCUGUCACACACACGGCCGUUACCACCCACACGGCCAUCUACCACCAAACACUGUCACUACACACGGCCACUUACCACUCACAUUGCCACUUCCACCAAACACUGUCACUUCACACGGCCACUACCACCAAACACUGUCACUACACACGGCCACUACCACCCACACCGCCACUACCACCCACACCGCCACUACCACCAAACACUGUCACUACACACGGCCACUACCAACCACACCGCCACUACAACCAAACACUGUCACUUCCCAAAGGCACUACCACCCCACACCGCCACUACCACCAAACACUGUUCAUUACACACGGCCACUACCACCCACAUCACCAUUACAUCAACCAACUAUACAUUGCUACUACCACCCAUACCGCCACUACCACCCACACCGCCACUACCACCAAACACUGUCACCCUCCAAGGGCACUACCACCCACACCGCCCACUACCACCAAACACUGUCAUUACACACGGCCACUACCACCCACAUCACCACUACCCAUCAACAUUACCACUAUACCAUGCUACUACCCACCCACCACCGCUACUACCACCAAAAUGUCACUACAAAACGAAACCCACUACCACCCACACCGCCACUACCACCAAACACUGUCAUUACACACGGCCACUACCACCCACAUCACCACUACCAUCAACACUACCACUAUACAUUGCUACUACCACCCACACCGCCACUUCCACCCACACCGCCACUACCACCAAACACUGUCACUACACACGGCCACUACCCACCCACACCGCCACUACCACCAAACACUGUCACUACACACCGCCUCUACCACCAAAAACACUGUCACUACACACGGCCAUUACCAACCACACCGCCACUACCACCAACACUGUCACAACACACGGCCACUACCACCCCCACACCGGCCACUACCACCAAACUACUGUCACUUACACACGGCCACUACCACACGCACAUCACCAUACCAUGAACACUACCACUAUACAUUGCUUCUACCACCCACACGGACCACUACGUAGUGGCAUCUUCCAUAAUGAAUAA